UUUUUCUUUUCUUAAAACUUUUCUUGUUUCUUAGUAAUCAAUUAACCAUGAGCGAAACUUUCCUGUUUACUUCUGAAUCUGUUGGUGAAGGCCACCCCGACAAGAUCUGUGAUCAAGUCUCUGAUGCUAUCUUGGAUGCCUGUUUAGCUCAAGACCCUAUGUCCAAGGUUGCCUGUGAAACUGCUUCCAAGACUGGUAUGAUCAUGGUUUUUGGUGAAAUCACCACCAAGGCCAACCUUGACUACCAAAAGAUCAUUCGUAACACCAUCAAGCAAAUUGGUUAUGAUGAUUCCGAUAAGGGUUUCGACUACAAGACCUGUAACGUCUUGGUUGCUAUCGAACAACAAUCACCUGAUAUCGCCCAAGGUCUCGUUCAAAAGUCCUUCAACAUUGAAGAUAUUGGUGCUGGUGAUCAAGGCAUUAUGUUUGGUUAUGCCACAGAUGAAACACCCGAAAUGAUGCCCUUGUCCUGUGUUCUCUCACACAAGUUGAACAAGCGUAUGGCUGACCUCCGUCGUGACGGUACCCUCGCUUGGUUGCGUCCUGACUCCAAGACUCAGGUUACUAUUGAAUACAAGAACGACAAUGGUGCCAUGGUUCCUCUUCGUGUUGAUACCGUUGUCAUUUCUGUUCAACAUGCCGCCGAAGUUGAAACUGAAGACCUUCGUAAGGCCUUGAUGGAACACGUCGUCAAGCCCGUUAUCCCUGAACAUCUCUUGAAGGAUACUGUCUACCACUUGCAGCCCUCUGGUAAGUUCAUCAUUGGUGGUCCUCAAGGUGAUGCCGGUUUGACUGGUCGUAAGAUUAUUGUUGAUACUUAUGGUGGUUGGGGUGCUCACGGUGGUGGUGCCUUCUCCGGUAAGGAUUGGUCCAAGGUCGAUCGUUCCGCUGCCUACACUGCUCGUUGGAUCGCUAAGUCUUUGGUUCAUGCCAAGCUUGCUCGUCGUGCUCUUGUACAACUCUCUUAUGCUAUUGGUGUUGCUGAACCUCUUUCCAUCUUUGUUGAUACCUACGGUACCUCCAGCAAGACUCAAGAAGAAUUGGUUCAAAUCAUUCGCAACAACUUUGACCUCCGUCCUGGUGUCAUCGUCAAGGAACUCGAUCUCUUCAAGCCCAUCUAUCAACAAACCGCUGCUUACGGUCACUUUGGUCGUGAAGAAUUCACUUGGGAAAAGCCCAAGGAACUCAAGCUCUAAUUGUCAUCAUCCUCUUUUUUUACAUAGUCUUUAUUUAAUUGUUAGAUAUCUUAUAUCAUAUAUACUCGUUUAAAAAUGUUGAAUUUUGUAUAAAAAUCGUCAUGCACUAUUUUCACAGUUCAAAAAUAAAAAAAUAGAUCGCUUAAACAUACAAAUGUGGGAAAAAAUACUUGUUACUUUAGUAUAAAUCACUUGGUUACAAGCUAGGACAAAGUACAAUGUGAUUGUGAAAGUAAUACACAUUAGGUCUGUUUGUUGAUACAUGGGUCUUGUAAACAAUAUUUUGUGUAACAUAGGAUACAGCAAUUACAGUAAUGCAUGCAGAGAUAUCAAUGCUGGGGUGUGAGUGACUUGGCAAUGUCAAAUGUUAUGCAGGGUACAU